AUGGCGCCGUCAAAGUGGGAUGAUCAAGAGGAGAGCACCCCGCCCUCUUCCCCACCUUUAUCUGCUGCUAUACCUAUAGCCCAGAGACGAAAAUUCGAUGACGAAGAGGAUAGCGACAAUGUCGUAGAUGAUUGGGAAGCUGCCGAAGACUCCGAAGUAGAGCGUGAAAAAGCCGCCAAAGCAGCUGCCGAAAAAGCCAAAGCAGAGGCCGAAGCCGCCGCCAAGAAAAAAUCCCGGGCCCAGCGCAUACAGGAACGUCGAGAACAACGACGGCUGGAAGAGGUCGAAGAGGACGAUGACAGCGAGGACGACGACCCCGCUACCCAACGCGCCCGUCUCCGCCGUACAGAGAAGGACGCAGAUCUCAAACACGCCGAAGACCUAAUCGCCGACAUCGACCUGAACCGCUCCCUCAACCGCUCCGCCCCAAAAGCAACAGUAAUCCAACUCUCCGACACCGGCGAUAACAACGAUCCCACCCAACGAGCCAUAGACCUCUCCUCCAUCCCGCUCUUCAGACCCGCUACAAAGGCGCAGUUCACGGAAUUAACAGAAGCGCUUAUACCGCUGCUGACAGCACAGUCGAAGAAGCCUCAGUAUGCGCUGUGGGUGCAGGAUUUCACGAAAAAGUUGGUGAAGGAGUUGGGGAGUGGGGAUAUUAAGAAGGUUGCGUCUGUGUUGACGGCGGCGAGCAACGAGAAGUUGAAGGAGGAGAAGGCGGCGGAGAAGGGAGGGAAAAAGAGCAAGGCGGCUAAGACGAAGACGAGCGUUGUUGUUGGGAGGGACAUGGGGGUUGGUGGGAAGGCGGAUAUUACGGCGUACGACGGGGAUGACUUGGAUGACGAUGAUUUUAUGUGA